AUGCCUAAGCAUUUUCUUCCAAAAGACUCAAACGAUCUUGUUAACCAUUGUUUGAAAGCUUAUAUUUAUGAAAAUGAUAGCUUAUCCCUUUUAGAAAAGGAGAAAGUAGUUUUCAACAAUAAGCAUGAUCUGAAAAAGGUCACCUUAAUUAGUGGUGGUGGUUCAGGGCAUGAACCAGGGUGGAUUGGCUUUGUUGGAUCUGGUAUGUUAACAGCAUCAGCACAAGGUGAUAUUUUUGCAAGUCCAAACUAUAAAAAUAUCAAGUCCGCGGAGAAGGCUACACAUUCAGAGGCUGGUACUAUAUUUCUUAUUACAAACUAUACAGGGGACAAUCUUUAUUUUGGUAUGGCAGCCCAAGAGCUUAUUUCAAAGUUUGGUGAGUCAAAAAUUAGGUUGCUUCGUACUACUGAUGAUGUUGCUGUCAGUAGAACCACUGGAAAGCUUGUCGGUCGCCGAACAUUAGCCGGUUGUAUCUUUAUUAUGAAAAUUUUAGGUGCAGCAAGUGAAAAGGGUUAUAACAUUGACCAAAUCUAUAAUUUAGGUAUUUCUGCUAACAAGUGCAUUGCUUCUGUCAAUGCUGGGCUAGAUCACACCCAUAUUCCUGGACAUGCAAACAAUGCAGAUUAUGGUAAAUUAGAAGAGAACCAAAUAGAAAUUGGCCUUGGUAUACACAAUGAGCCUGGUGUUAUGAAAACAAAGAAUAUACCUUCCAACGAAGAACUCAUACCUGAUUUAUUAAAGCUAAUUCUUGAUAAAAAUGACAAGGAGAGAGGCUUUUUAGACUACGAUGAUAAUGAUCAAUUUAUUUUACUAUUCAAUAAUCUUGGUGGUUUACCUGUUAUAGAGGAAAAGGCCUUAUUAUAUUGUACUAUAAAGAACCUUGCUGAUUCUUAUAAUAUAAAGCCAUCUAGGGUUUAUUCUGGAUCUUAUAUAACAUCUAUUAAUGCUCCAAUUUUCACAAUCUCAUUGUUCAAUGUUACCAAAGCUGCUAAUAAUGAUUUUACUGAACGAACUAUUUUUGAUCUCUUUGACGCUCCAACAGAAGCGACAAAUUUUCCGAAGAAUCACUACGUUCUGUCUCAAAUUUUAAAUCCUGAAAGUAGAAUUAUUGAUAAUUUCCAAGGGUAUGAAGAGCUUGAUGAAAGUAUAGACAUUAAGCGGGAUAUUACGUAUGAUUCUUCUGUGCUCGAAAGAAUAAUUCGUAAGGCAGCACAGAACAUAAUUGAUAAAGAACCAGAAAUAACCGACUGGGACACUAAGAUGGGAGAUGGAGAUUGUGGAACUACCUUAGAAACUGGUGCAAGGGCAAUUAUUAAAUCAUUAGAUAAUGGUGUGGCCGAAAGUGGUUCAUUAAUAAAUGUUCUUCAUGCUAUUCUUAAAGUCUUAAAAGACGAUAUGGGCGGUACGCUAGGUGCUAUUCUUUUUAUUUUCAUGAAGGCCUUUAUCAAUAAACUUGAAACUAACCUUAAUGGCGAUAUCAGUGAUAAUAAUGAUAUCAUUGCUAUCGCCUUAGAUCAUGGGAUUGAUACCUUAGGUGAAUUUACAAAAGCAAGAGAAGGUCAUAGAACAGUUAUGGAUGUCUUAAUCCCAUUUUGUCGUUCAUUUUCUGAAUCUAAGGAUAUUCAUUUGGCAGUUGAAGCAGCAAGAAAGGCAGCAGAGGGUACUAGAAGACUUCGUCCAAAGUUGGGCCGUGCCACAUAUGUGGGUGGGGUGUCAGAGAAAACAGAAUUUCCACCAGAUCCUGGUGCCUAUGGGGUGUAUGAGAUACUUGCCGCCUUAAGCGAAUAG